CGCGAGGCCGCGCCCUGGUUCGCGUGGUCUCUAGCGCGCCGUUUUAGCCGCUUGGCGGCGGGGGACUCCGAGCUUGAGCUGGGGACGUGUUUUCGCGCUCGCUCGGUCAUGGAGGCACGGUCCAAGCUGCUGGACUCGACUACUCCGUCCCGUCGCUGGACCCGAAAGGUGGUGCUGAUCCUACCGUUGCUGCUGCUGUUUCUGUUGCGGACCCAAGCUCUGCAGGGCUUGGAGUCUGAGGAGCGGUUCCGGACCCGCGAAAAUGAGUGCCACUUCUACGCUGGUGGACAAGUGUACCCGGGAGAGGUGUCCCGGGUUUCGGUCGCAGAUCACUCCCUGCAUCUAAGCAAAGCCAAGAUCUCCAAACCAGCACCUUAUUGGGAAGGAACAGCUGUGAUAAACGGAGAAUUCAAGGAGCUCAAACUGACUGACUAUCGUGGGAAAUACUUGGUUUUUUUCUUCUACCCACUUGAUUUGUGUAUUUUACAUGGGGCUGGAACACAAGGUGAAAGAGAAACGAUCCAAAAGCGGAGCACCUUUGUAUGUCCAACUGAAAUCAUCGCUUUUGGUGACCGAAUUGAAGAAUUCAGAUCUAUAAAUACUGAAGUGGUGGCAUGCUCUGUCGACUCUCAGUUCACCCACCUGGCUUGGAUUAAUACUCCUCGAAGACAGGGAGGGCUGGGGCCAAUAAGGAUUCCACUUCUUUCUGACCUGAACCAUCAGAUCUCAAAGGACUACGGUGUAUACCUCGAGGACUCAGGCCACACUCUUAGAGGCCUCUUUAUUAUUGAUGACAAAGGAGUCCUAAGGCAGAUUACUCUGAAUGACCUUCCUGUGGGUAGAUCAGUGGACGAGACACUGCGUUUGGUUCAAGCCUUCCAGUACACUGACAAGCAUGGAGAAGUCUGCCCUGCUGGCUGGAAACCUGGUAGUGAAACAAUAAUCCCAGAUCCAGCUGGAAAACUGAAGUAUUUCGACAAGCUGAACUGAAAAAUACUUCAGUUGUGAUGUUUGGACCUUCUCAAUAAAGGUCACUGUGCUGUUACCA